UUUAAACUUAAGAAAAAAUGACAUAGUCCUAAAAAUUGAUAGAAAAAUAUUUUUAUUAAAUUUAUUUUUAAAUAAUAUUCUUUUUUUAAAUUCACAAUUAAUGUACCGAGUAAUAUAUAUGAGGACAAAUAGGAAGGAGGAAGUAUUAAGGCACAGUAACAAAUUAACAAAUUUGAGACGAAUAUUACUCCGUAAUGGUUAAUGGUUAUCCACUAGAGAUGAUUUCUAGACCCGUUUCAAAACUCGGGUCAAUCUUCUCCCGAUUUGGGCGAUUCCCCACCACCCGAAGCGCCUCGACCAAACCCCGGAAUUCACAGUUCCAACCUCUCGCCCGUUACACCGGACCGACGCCCUCCCCGACCGUCGUACGCGGCAGAGCAAAGUUUUCAACGAUGGCAAGCGGCCGAGACGACGAUGCAAAAGUUGUUCAGUUCCAGCUGAAGUCUUCCACUCUGCUGAAGAUUCGUAUUGGUGACAUCACUAAGUGGUCCGUUGAUGGAUCUUCCGACGCCAUUGUAAAUCCUGCUAAUGAGCAAAUGCUUGGGGGUUAUGGUGCUGAUGGAGCCAUACAUAAAGCUGCUGGUCCUGAACUGAGAGAAGCAUGCUUUAAAGUCCCACAAGUUAGUCCUACUAUUCGAUGUCCCACUGGGGAAGCAAGAAUUACACCAGGAUUUAGAUUGCCAGCCUCUCAUGUGAUUCAUACUGUUGGACCUAUUUAUUAUAAACACCCUGAUCCUAAAACCGCACUGGAAAGUUCAUAUAGGAACUGCUUGCGGGUUGCUAAAGAAAACGGCAUCCAGUAUAUCGCCUUUACUGCCAUAUCAUGUGGUGUCUAUGGGUAUCCAUUUGAUGAGGCUGCAAAUGUGGCCAUAUCUACAGUUAAAGCACACUGUGAUGAUCUCAGAGAGAUUCAUUUUGUUCUCUUCGCGGAUGACAUUUAUGAUGCUUGGCUCAAGGCAGCAGAUGAGCUUCUGCAUGAAGAAGAGAUGAGAAGAUAGAUUUCUGCUCCAAUUGACAUUUGUUAUAAGAGUGGGGAUUUGAAAGAUCUUUUGUUGGCCCCUUCUUUGCUAGUUCCUUCUCUGCACGCUUCUCUUUCCAGUAUUUAAUCAUAUCUUUCAGUGCCUUCAACUUCUCUGCACUUCUCAUCCCAAGCCCAAGCCUCUUUUCCUCUUUCGAGUGUAUAUAUUUUGAUACUCUGAAUAUUGUCAUUUCAUGAUGAUAGUUCUAAGGUUAUAAGUAAUUU